AGAGCAUUCCUCCGAUCCAGACCGCUUUGAGGGCAUGGGUCGAGCCAGGUUUUGGAUUCAGCCGACUUGGCGAAUCCUAUCUUUUGUGCUUUCGACGUCCUUCUUUGGAAGGCCGUUGAACACGGAUCGGGUAUACCUCGAUGACUUGAUUGUCUUCUGGAGUUUGCACACACGCCAGGAGGUGAAUGUGGCUGUCUUUGUGGCCCGGUUCCUCUACAGCCAGUCUAUGGGAAAUCGGAUGCACAUUGUCUGUGGUUUCGUGGUCACCAUACUCUUCCGAUCACUCGAGGGGACGGCACCCAUUCCGCGGGCCCAGAUGAUGAUGCGAGAUUUGGAUGCAGGCAUGCUGAGGAAUGCUCACAUCCGUAGGAGGUUGGGAGCUAGCUCUACAGAGAGCAACGCCGCUUCCUCAUCUGCGCCCUCGUCCUCAGGAGCAUCUUCGCAGGUCUCAUCUAGGAGAGCCACUUGUCGCCGUCCCACUUCUCAGGCCACUCCAGCUACGACACAGGCGGAUCUGACCCCUGAAUGGGCUAGGAGGAUCCUGGAGCAGCAGGAUACCAUCAUGUAGAGGAUGUCCGAAAUCGGAGAGCAGUAGGCAUCCCAGGCUGAGAGCUUUGCUCAGGUUCGGAGGACCUUUACUAGCUUUUACUCAGAUGU